AUGAGUCUAUAUGUUGAUGAUCUAAUAUACACUGGAAAUGAUGAAAGCAUGUGCAAUGAUUUUAGAUCAUCUAUGAUGCUGGAAUUUCAUAUGAUGGAUCUAGGGCGGAUGAGAUAUUUUCUUGGUAUAGAAAUCUUGAAGAAUAAUCAUGGAAUCUUUAUGUGUCAAAGAAAGUAUGCCCAUGAUGUUCUGACUCAGUUUGGUAUGCAAGAUUGCAAUGCAAUAAAAAAUCCAAUUGUGCCAGGAACAAAGCUAUCAAGAAAUGAUACAGGAACUAAGGUGGAUGCCACACAAUUCAUACAAGUAGUUGGAAGCUUAAUGUAUUUGACUGCAACUAGGCUGAAUUUAAUGUAUGGAGUCAGCCUGAUUAGCAGAUUUAUGGCCAAUCCUACAAAGACACAUUGGUUUGCAGCCAAACGGAUACUAAGAUACUUGAAAGGAACAACAGAGCUUGGUAUAUACUACAAGAAAGAGGAGAGCACUAAUGUAGUAGCAUAUACAGACAAUGACUUUGCUGGAGACAUUGAUGAUAGGAAGAGUACCUCAGGUUUUGUGUUUUUCUUAGGGAAUGAAGCAGUACCAUGGUCAUUUAAAAAGCAACUAGCAGUAUCACUAUCUACAACGGAAGCUGAAUACAUAGCUGCUGCCUCUUGCGCAUGUCAAUGCAUUUGGAUUAAGAGAAUUAUGGAGACUCUCGGUUUUAAUAGUUGUGAUCAUAUGCUAGUUUUGUGUGACAACAACUCUACAAUCCAAUUGUCAAAAAAUCCAGUUUUCCAUGGAAGAAGUAAACAUAUAGAUGUGCACUUUCAUUUUUUCAAGAGAUCUUGUGAAGAAUGGGAGCAUUGA